AUGUUUGCGAUUAAGAAAUUUAACGAAAGUUCUAAGAAAGAGGAAAUAAUUAAUGAAAUCAAGAUUAUGAAAAUAGCUUCUCAGUUCUCAUCCAAUAUCUUGUUUACAUAUUUUUUAUUAUUAGACAAUGCGAAUUAUUCGUUCGUUCUUGAAUAUGUGGAAGACGGAACAUUAGAAAAACACUUAAGAGACAAUGCUAGAGCUUUAAUUGAAUGGAAAAGACAAUUAAAGUUUGCCAAAGAAAUUGCGAAUCCCAAAAAUAUCUUAAUGCAUCCUGAUUUUUGGUGUUCAUGUUUAGAGGGAGAAAAAGUGUCUACUAAACCGCCUGUUCAUCGCCUUUUGAUUAUGAAACAAAAAAAAGACGAAAAUGUUAGAAAUUCUUACCUAUCCAAAACACAAAUGUUAAGUUGGCAACACGAAUCAGAUGAAAAGCCGGGUAUUUGCGAAAAAGCAAAAGGAGAACAAACUGAGAAUAAAGUAUCAACUGCAAAAGAGUAUGAAAAUUUUGAUUUGUCAAAUUGUGACGAAGAUUGCGAUUUAAAUCACAUCAAUUAUAGAUCACUUUCAUUUAUUAUAAUGACUCGAUGUGCACAUGACCUUCGUUAUUCUAGAAUGAAUACUGCUUCGUCCAAUUCUCUCAGUCCAAAUCUUAUCAUACGCUGA